AUGCCUUGUAGAUUUUUAUGUUUUAAAACACCCGAAACAAAAUCUAAUUUUGUUUUGAUAAGGAAGGGUGUGAAAAGACUUGGGAGAGUCCGCUCUGGGUUGACUAGUGAGGCAGCUUCGAAUAAUCAGUGCCUCUUCUGGUCCCUAAGAGACUUAACGCGUGAUUCUAUGCUCAUUGGCAUAUGUUGUUCUGACUCUUGUUGUCUUGUGUUGGUCGUGCGAAAGCCGAUCAGACUUGACGGCCCAGUGAAAACAGGCCAAGGUUGUGCGAAAGCCGACCGACUGACAGACAGGCCCAGUGAAAACAGGCCCUUGGUCGUGCGAAAGCCGAUCAGACUUGACGGCCCAGUGAAAACAGGCCAGGGUUGUGCGAAAGCCGACCGACUGACAGACAGGCCCAGUGAAAACAGGCCCUUGGUCGUGCGAAAGCCGAUCGGACUUGACGGCCCAGUGAAAACAGGCCCUUGGUCGUGCGAAAGCCGAUCGGACUUGACGGCCCAGUGA